UUGAGAAGAACGUGUGUGAUAAUGUAUUGUGGACGAUAUUAAAUGUUGAUGGGAAAGGAAAGGAUAAUUUAAAUGCUCGUCGAGACUUGCAAGAUAUGGGAAUUCGAAAGGCAUUACAUCCUAAAAAAGGGGUUGGGAACAGGUAUUAUUUGCCGCCUGCAUGUUUUGCUAUGAACAAUAGAGAGAGAGGUUUGUUUUGUACACUCCUGAAGAAUAUCAAAGUUCCAGAUGGGUAUGCAUCCAAUAUUUCUCGUCGUGUUAACCUCAAACAACAUAGCAUAUCUGGACUGAAAAGUCAUGACAACCAUAUAUUGAUGCAACAAAUACUUCCAAUAGCAGUGAGAAAUUUGUUACCGAAAAAAGUUGUUGAACCAUUGAUUGAGUUAAGCAAUUUCUUCAGGCAGUUGUGCUCCAAAACUUUAGAGCCAGAUGGGUUAGAUCGUCUUCAAUCCCAAAUUGCUCUUACACUUUGUCAUCUUGAGAGAAUUUUUCCUCCAUCCUUUUUCGAUAUAAUGGAGCACUUGCCUAUUCACCUAGCAGAGGAGGCCAAGAUUGCUGGUCCAGUGCAAUAUCGCUGGAUGUACUUCAUAGAAAGGUAUCUUAUGACACUUAAGUCAUAUAUGCGUAAUCGAAGUCAUCCAGAAGGUUCAAUUGCAGAGGGAUACUUAGUUGAAGAGUGUAUGACCUUUUGCUCAAGGUACUUGGAUGAUGUCGAGUCAAAAUUGAAUCGACCAAUAAGGAAUUACGAUGUUAGCGACAAUCCUGGGAUAUUACUGGGUCAUGCUUUAGGAAAAGGAAAAGGGUUUGCGCUUGAUAACACAUCAUGGGUACAAGCUCAUCGGUAUGUGUUAUUUAACACUGCUGCGGUUGUCCCAUAUCGAGAGGAGCAUCGUGAUUUUAUUAAGCGGUCACAUCGUCGUCUUAAAGAUUUUGAUGUGGAUCGCCGUCACAAUGAUGAGUUUCCCAGAUGGUUUAAUUCUCAUGUUGAAGAGCUUCUAGCUAUUGAAAAUGCUGUGUUGUCAGAUGAGAUUAAAACUUUGGCAUUGGGACCUAGUAAAAAGGCCACGAGAUUCAAUGGGUAUAUAAUUAAUGGUACUAGGUAUCAUACGAGGAGUCGUGAGUGGAGAAGAAAAACUCAAAAUAGUGGGGUUAUGGUGAAAGCAAAGACUUGUAGCUAUGCAAGUACCAGAGACAUGAAUCCUGUGGAAGGUGAAGUAGCAUACUAUGGAUAUGUGACAGAUAUUAUUGAAUUGUAUUACUCAUACGACCGUAGAUAUGUGCUAUUCAUGUGCGACUGGAUUGACAACAACAAAGGAUUGAAGCAGGAUGGGUUUGGUUUCACACUUGUUAAUUUCAAUCAUUUGUUAUAUACAAAGAAACAAAAUAGUGAUGAGCCAUUCAUCCUAGCAUCUCAGGCACAACAAGUUUUCUAUGUUAAUGAUCCCGUUGAAGCUGAUUGGGAUGUUGUAGUCAAGAUGAAACCUAGAGACUUGUAUGAGGUGUGUGGAGAACAACCAAUUAAUGAUGGAGAACAUCACAAUGAAGUGGAAGGAUUUGGCGACCAAGAAUUAGAUGCAACUUCGUUUGCUUGUGAAGAGGAUAUAAAUUGGGUUAGGCAAGGUGAAGUUGGAACAACUAUUGAUGAAACUAUUGGACCUCUUGGGAUAUCGACACAGACACAAUCUGAAGAUGAUGAAGAAAUGAUAUGAUAUUGUAAUUUUGUUUCAUAUUCAUUGUUACAUUUGUGCUUUUAGCAUGGAUAUUCAUGUUAAUGAAACCUUUGCUUUUAAAAUGCGUCAUUUGUUUGCUUUUCAACGUGAUUGUCCUUGAGACAACCUUUUAUGUCCUUGAGAAAGAUCAUAUCUGUUAUAUUAAGAUUGUGUUUAAAAUUUAAAUUUGUAGAGAAAUUUUUUAAUAUUUUGGACUUUAUAUUCAUUGUUAACCCAUAAAAUUCUACACGUAUGCUUGUGGUCUUCUGUAAACUAGCAUGACAGAUCGACGAUGCUCUAGGCAGAGGCAACAUUCAGCCUCUGCAAAUUCUGAGAGUUCUUACAGUGGGAGUGCAGAUGAGAGUUCUUAUAGUGGAAGUUCAGAUGAGAGUUCAGAGGAGAGUACACGCAUCAUA